AUGAAGCCUUUUAUUAACCAUUCACUAUAUGUCCAAAAUGUUACUGCAAAUGUAACAUCUAAUAAUACUAACAAUUCCAUAUAUACAUCAACUUUCCCUCUGUUAAUUGCCUUUCUAGUUGGUGCAUCACUUUUGUUAAUUAUUUUCCUUUUCAUUAUUCAUUAUAAGAAAGGAAAUUCAAUGAAUUUUAUAAUAACGCCUUCAGAUAUUCCAUAUGAAUUACUAGAAAGUAAUAUUCAACUCAAUAAUGUAUGUAACAGAACAAAUAAUUCAUUAUGCAGCAUUGUAUUUGAAAAUAACCUAAGUAACGCACUUACAGAAAAAUCAGAAGAAAAAGAAAUUAAUAUAAAAACAAAAAGUGAUAUUGCGAUAAUAAGAGAAAAAUUAAAAUCGAGGAUUAUAAUAGAAACAUAUAUAAUAAUAAUAGACAAAUGUAAAAAGGAGUAA